AUGAAAACAAUAAAAAUAUUAUUUUUGGUCUUUUUAAUUGUAUUAUUAUUUAUAAUAGCAUUAAUAUUAUAUUAUAGUGAAGAUAUUAUACAUUGGUUGAUAUAUAAUUUAGGUAUGGUACCUAUUGAAGGUACUACAACAAAAAGUACGGUUGAUAACCGAUCAUUACUAAAUAUGAAUGUAAAACAUUUAGAGGGUGAUGACUAUAAGAUUUUAUUACUGAUAGAUAAGAAAAUUAAUAUUGAUAAAGCUAAAGACGUUCCUCUUUCAAUAUUUUUUCAUGGAAAUGGAAUGAAUAUUUAUGAUGAUUUUAUGGCAUGGGGUUGGAUUAGUGACAGAUAUAAGAUUAAUUGUGCGUUUAUAGAAACACCUGGUAGAAAUGGUGUGAAGAGAAAAUUUACUAAGAGAAAUCUUAUGAUAAUAUUAGAGAAGUCAAUUAACGUAUUGAAAGAAAUGAAUUUUAAUAUCACAAAUGUAACUGGUUUUAGUCUUGGAACAGCAGUAGCUUCAAUAGUAGCAUGUGAGUAUAAUAUUCCUGUUUUAACUCUAUUGGCACCCUUUUGUAAUUUUAAAGAUAUUGCUUAUACUUAUGUUCCUAACAUCAGUUGUAUUAAAAAUAAGGUAAGUCGUGUAUGUACGAAAGACUUUAACUUCAAUACUCUCAAGUUACUAGAAAAUUAUAAAGGUAAAGUUAAUUUAUUUCAUGGAGAAAAAGAUAGUAUAAUAUUACCUGAAAAUAGUAUAAAAAUUCAUAAAAAAAUUAAACAAAGAAGAGUUGGAGAAUCUAAACAGUGUAUUAUAUUUAAGAAUACCGACCAUGGUAUGAUUUUAGAUCCAAGAAAUGUUGAAGUGAUAUCGAAUUUGGUUUAUUUUAAUCGUUCAAUUUAA